GGCGGCCAGGCAGCGGCGCGGCGCGGAGGUGUGGAGACUGAGGCGGCGGGCAGAGCGGGGCUGCUUCCCCACCCCUGGCCAAGGGGGAGUCCGCGCAGCUGCCCAGCCGGCCGGCGGCUCCUCCCCAGCUGCCAAACUUCCCGGGCGGCCGCCUCGCAAACUUUUCUCUUUUUUUUGCCGGCUGGGUUUCGGGUCGGCUGCUCCCCGCCUCAGCCGGCUCUGCCCUGCAGGAGCGUGCGGGGCUGGCGGCAGCGGCAGCGGCAGCAUGGAGCGGAGGCAGCCGCCGCCGCCGAGUUUCCCUCGCGGGUGGACUGUGCUGGUGGCGGUGCUGGGGCUGAUGCUCCCCGGGCGCCAGGGGGCGGCGGGCUACUACCCCCGCUUCUCGCCCUUCUUUUUCCUCUGCACCCACCACGGGGAGCUGGCCGGGGAUGGCGAGCAGGGAGAGGUGCUCAUGUCCCUGCAGCUCGCGGGGAACCCGGCCUUCUACGUACCUGGCCAGGAAUAUCACGUGACUAUUUCGACAAGUACAUUCUUCGAUGGCUUACUGGUAACGGGACUCUAUACAUCUACCAGCGUUCAGGCUUCACAAAGCAUUGGUGGCUCUAGUGCUUUUGGAUUUGGAAUUAUGUCCGAUCGCCAGUUUGGAAAUCAGUUUAUGUGCAGUGUGGUUGCAUCUCAUGUGAGUCAUCUACCAACAACAAAUCUCAGUUUCGUUUGGAUUGCUCCACCUGCAGGAACAGGCUGUGUGAAUUUCAUGGCUACAGCUACCCACAGAGGCCAAGUUAUAUUCAAGGAUGCCUUAGCACAGCAGUUGUGUGAACAGGGAGCUCCGACAGAAGCCUCAUUGCAUCCUCAUCUAGCUGAAAUGCAUAGUGACAGCAUUAUCCUACGAGAUGACUUUGACUCUUAUCAUCAGCUAGAAUUGAAUCCCAGUAUGUGGUUUGAAUGUAGUAACUGUGAGGUUGGAGAGCAGUGCGGUGUAAUUAUGCAUGGCAGUGCUGUCACUUUCUGUGAGCCAUAUGGUCCAAGAGAAUUGACCACCACUAGUCUUAACACAACCACAGCUUCUGUCCUUCAAUUUUCCAUUGGUUCAGGUUCAUGUCGCUUUAGUUACACAGAUCCCAGGAUCAUUGUGUCCUAUACCAGGAAUAACUCUGCAGAUUGGAUUCAGCUGGAGAAAAUUAGAGCCCCUUCCAAUGUCAGCACCGUCAUCCACAUCCUGUACCUUCCUGAAGAUGCCAAAGGAGAGAAUGUUCAGUUUCAGUGGAAACAGGAGUAUGUACAUGCUGGUGAAGUGUAUGAAGCCUGCUGGGCAUUGGACAACAUUCUGAUCAUAAAUGCUGCUCACAGACAAAUUGUCUUAGAAGAUAAUCUUGAUCCUGUGGACACUGGCAACUGGCUUUUCUUCCCUGGGGCCACAGUUAAGCAUAGCUGUCAAUCAGAUGGAAACUCCAUUUAUUUCCAUGGAACUGAAGGCAGUGAGUUCAAUUUUGCCACAACCAGAGAUGUGGAUCUUUCCACUGAGGAUACCCAGGAGCAGUGGGCAGAGGAGUUUGAGAGCCAGCCUAAAGGAUGGGACAUAUCUGGAGCUGUCAUUGGUACUGAAUGUGGAACACUAGAGUCAGGUUCAUCUAUGGUAUUCCUCAGAGAUGGAGAGAGAAAACUAUGUACUCCAUAUAUGGACACUACAGGUUAUGGGAACCUGAGAUUUUACUUCAGCAUGGGGGGAACUUGUGAUUCUGGAGAAGCCCAUGAAAAUGAUGUCCUCCUCUAUGCAAAGAUAGAAGGAAAGAAAGAGCACAUAGCUCUUGAUACACUGACCUAUGCUUCUUAUAAGGUUCCAUCUUUGGCUUCGGUUGUCAUUAGUCCAGAGCUGCAGACUCCUGCUACCAAGUUCUGUCUUAAGCAAAAGAAUCAUCAAGGGCAUAACAAGAAUGUCUGGGCUGUUGAUUACUUCCAUGUCCUGCCAGUACUCCCCUCCACCAUAACUCACAUGAUCCAGUUUUCCAUUAAUCUGGGCUGUGGAACUCAUCAACCUGGUAACAGUGUCUACUUGGAGUUUUCAACCAAUCAUGGUCGUUCCUGGUCCUUACUUCACACUGAGUGCUUGCCUGAGAUAUGUGCUGGGUCUCAUCUUCCUCACAGUACCAUCUAUGCCUCUGAAAACUACAGUGGGUGGAACCGAAUAACUAUUCCCCUCCCCAGUGCAGCAUUAACCAGAAAUACCAGAAUUCGAUGGAGACAAACAGGACCAAUCCAUGGAAAUAUGUGGGCGAUUGAUAAUAUUUAUAUUGGUCCAUCUUGCCUCAGAUUCUGCUCAGGGCGAGGAAAAUGUACUAGAAAUGGCUGCAGGUGUGACCCUGGGUACUCAGGACCUGCAUGUGAAAUGGCUUCCCAGACCUUCCCCGUGUUUAUUUCAGAAAGCUUUGGCAGUUCUAGGCUCUCAUCCUAUCACAAUUUUUACUCUAUCCGUGGUGCUGAAGUCAGCUUUGGCUGUGGAGUCCUAGCAAGUGGCAAGGCCUUGGUUUUUAACAAAGAUGGAAGACGUCAACUGAUCACUUCUUUUCUUGACAGCUCACAGUCCAGGUUCCUCCAGUUCACUCUGCGCUUGGGAAGCAAGUCUGUGCUGAGUACUUGCAAAGCACCUGAUCAACCAGGAGAAGGAGUGUUACUACAUUAUUCAUAUGACAAUGGGAUUACAUGGAAACUACUGGAACAUUAUUCUUAUCUCAACUAUCAUGAGCCAAGAAUAAUUUCUGUGGAGCUACCAGAAGACGCAAGACAAUUUGGUAUUCAGUUCAGAUGGUGGCAACCGUAUCAUUCUUCUCAGGGAGAAGAUGUUUGGGCGAUCGAUGAGAUCAUCAUGACCUCCAUGCUUUUCAACAGCAUUAGUCUAGACUUCAACAAUCUAGUAGAAGUCACUCAGUCUCUGGGAUUCUACUUGGGAAACAUUCAACCAUGCUGUGGCCGUGACUGGACCCUUUGUUUUACAGGAGAUUCUAAAUUAACCUCUAGUAUGCGUUAUGUGGAAACACAGUCCAUGCAAAUUGGAGCUUCGUAUAUGAUACAAUUCAACUUGGUGAUGGGCUGUGGACAGCAAUUUACUCCUCACAUGGACAACCAGGUGAAACUGGAAUACUCCACCAACCACGGCCUGACUUGGCACCUUGUUCAGGAGGAAUGCCUUCCAAGUAUGCCUAGCUGUCAGGAGUUUACAUCAGCAAGUAUCUACCAUUCCAGUGAAUUCAUGCAGUGGAGGAGAAUUACAGCCCUGUUACCACAGAAAACUUGGUCCAGUGCUACACGUUUCCGUUGGAGUCAGUGCUACUACACAGUCCAAGAUGAAUGGGCUUUAGACAACAUCUACAUUGGACAGCAAUGUCCAAAUAUGUGUAAUGGACAUGGCUGGUGCGACCAUGGCGUAUGCAGGUGUGAUCCAGGAUACCAGGGCACUGAAUGUCACCCUGAGACUUCUCUCCCUUCAACUGUAAUGUCUGAUUUUGAGAACCCAAAUGGUUUGAAGACUGAAUGGCAGGAAGUUAUUGGGGGAGAAAUUGUAAAACCUGAACAAGGCUGUGGGGUCAUUUCUUCUGGAUCUUCCCUCUAUUUCACCAAGGAUGGAAAAAGGCAGUUGGUGAGCUGGGAUUUGGACACCACUUGGGCAGAUUUCAUCCAGUUUUACAUUCAGAUAGGUGGAGAGAGCUCUUCAUGCAAUAAACCAGACAACAGAGAGGAAGGUGUGCUUUUGCAGUACAGCAACAAUGGAGGUAUCAAUUGGCACCUACUAGCAGAAAUGUACUUCUCUGACUUCAGCAAACCUAGAUUUGUCUAUCUUGAGCUUCCUGCUGCUGCAAAGACUCCUUGUACUAGAUUUCGCUGGUGGCAGCCAGUAUUUUCGGGGGAAGGCUAUGACCAGUGGGCCAUUGAUGAUAUCAUCAUUUUGUCAGAAAAGCAGAAGCAGAUCAUUCCUGUCAUUAACCCAACAUUACCACAGAAUUUUUAUGAGAAGCCAGCAUUUGAUUACCCCAUGAACCAGCUCAGUGUGUGGUUGAUGUUGGCUAAUGAAGGGAUGACCAAAAAUGAAAGUUUCUGUUCUGCCACUCCAUCAGCAAUGAUAUUUGGUAAAUCAGAUGGAGAUCGAUUUGCUGUGACUCGGGAUUUAACACUGAAACCUGGAUAUGUCCUGCAGUUCAAGCUGAACAUCGGUUGCACUAAUCAGUACAGUAGUUCUGCUCCAGUUCUCCUUCAGUAUUCCCAUGAUGCCGGCAUGUUCUGGUCACUUGUGAAAGAGGGCUGUUAUCCUGCAUCUCCUGGAAUCAAAGGAUGUGAAGGAAGUUCCCGGGAGUUGAGUGAGCCGUCCAUGUAUUACACAGGAGACUUUGAGGAGUGGACAAGAAUUACUAUUAUCAUUCCAAGAUCUCUUGCAGCCAGUAAGACUAGAUUCCGCUGGAUCCAGGAGAGCAGUUCUCACAAGAAUGUGCCCUCUUUUGGCUUAGAUGGGGUUUACAUCUCAGAGCCUUGUCCCAGUUACUGCAGUGGUCAUGGGGACUGUGUCUCUGGAGUCUGUUUCUGUGACUUGGGCUAUACAGCCGCACAUGGAACCUGUGUGUCUAAUGUACCUAAUCACAGUGAGAUGUUCGACAGGUUUGAGAGGAAGCUGAGCCCUCUCUGGUACAAGAUAACUGGAGGUCAGGUUGGAACAGGCUGUGGAACGCUCAGUGAUGGGAAAUCUCUUUACUUCGAUGGGCCCGGCAAAAGGGAAGCAAGAACUGUCCCUAUGGACACCACAAAUAUCAGACUAGUUCAGUUUUAUUUACAAAUUGGAAGCAAAACAGCUGGUACUCUCUGCAACAAACCAAGAGCCAGGAAUGAAGGGCUUGUAGUUCAAUACACAAAUAACAAUGGAAUAACCUGGCAUUUGCUGCGAGAGCUCGAUUACAUGUCUUACUUAGAACCACAGAUUGUUUCAAUAGAUCUUCCCCGUGAAGCUAAAACAUCUGCAACUGCUUUCCAAUGGUGGCAACCCCAACAUGGGAAACUUUCAGCACAGUGGGCCUUGGAUGAUGUCCUUAUAGGAAUGAAUGACAGCUCUCAGACUGGUUUUCAAGAUAAAUUUGAUGGAUCUGCGGAUUUACAAGCAAGUUGGUACAGGAUCCAAGGGGGUCAAGUAGAUAUUGACUGUCUAUCUAUGGAUACAGCUCUGAUGUUCAGUGAAGAUACUGGUAAACCUCGUUAUGCUGAGACUUGGGAUUUCCAUGUGUCAGCCUCCACUUUCCUGCAGUUUGAGCUGAGCAUGGGUUGCAGUAAGCCAUUCAGCGAUUCCCAUGGCAUUCACUUGCAGUAUUCCUUAAAUAAUGGGAGAGACUGGCACCUGGUGACUGAAGAGUGUGUUCCUCCAAGCAUAGGUUGUCAGCAUUACACUGAGAGUUCAAUUUACAGAUCAGAAAGAUUCCAGAACUGGAAGCGAAUUACUGUCUACCUUCCACUUGCAACCAUCUCUCCCAGAACACGUUUCAGAUGGAUUCAAUAUGAUUACACUCCUGGAGCAGGUUCUUGGGCUAUAGAUAAUGUAGUCUUGGCUACAGGAUGUCCCUGGAUGUGCUCUGGCCAUGGAAUCUGUGACUCAGGCCAGUGUGUGUGUGACCGAGGCUUUGGAGGUCCAUACUGUGUCCCUGUUGCACCUCUGCCUUCUGUUCUGAAAGAUGACUUCAACGGUAACUUGCAUCCUGAUCUUUGGCCUGAAGUCUAUGGUGCCGAGAGGGGAAACCUGAACAGUGACACAAUCAAAUCUGGAACCACUCUCAUUUUUAAAGGGGAAGGGCUGAGAAUGCUUGUUUCAAGAGAUCUAGAUUGUACAAAUACUGUAUACAUCCAGUUUUCAUUUAAAUUUAUAGCAAAAGGUACCCCAGAGAGGUCUCAUUCCAUUCUGCUACAAUACUCCAUCAACGGUGGCAUCACUUGGAAUCUAAUAGAUGAGUUUUACUUCACUCAGACUACUGAUGUUCUCUUCAUUAACGUUCCACUACCAUACACUGCGCAAACCAAUUCUACACGUUUCAGGCUCUGGCAACCUUACAACAAUGGCAAGAAAGAAGAAAUCUGGAUUAUAGAUAACUUCAUUAUUAAUGGAAACAACCUAAAGAAUUCUGUUAUACUUCUGGAUACAUUUGACUUUGGACCUAAAGAGGAUAACUGGCUUUUCUACCCUGGUGGUAAUAUUGGGCUUUAUUGUCCGUAUUCAUCAAAGGGAGCCCCAGAGGAAGAUUCUGCUAUGGUGUUUGUUUCAAAUGAAGUUGGAGAACAUUCCAUUACAACGAGGGAAUUGAAUGUGAAUGAGAACACCAUAAUCCAAUUUGAGAUCAAUAUUGGCUGCACCACUGAUAGCUCAUCUGCAGACCCAGUGAAACUUGAAUUCUCACGAGAUCUAGGGGCAACCUGGCACCUUCUUCUUCCACUGUGCUACAGUAGUAGCAGCUAUCUCAGCUCCUUAUGCUCCACUGAGCAUCAUCCAAGCAGCACUUACUAUGCUGGUACAGCUCAGGGCUGGAGAAGAGAGGUCAUCCACUUUGGAAAACUGCACCUGUGUGGAUCAUUAAGAUUCAGAUGGUACCAGGUUUAUCCUGCUGGCUCCCAACCCAUGACUUGGGCCAUUGAUAAUGUAUACAUUGGCCCACAAUGAGAGAUGUGUAAUGGGCAUGGCAGCUGUAUCAAUGGAACUAAGUGUAUCUGUGAUCCAGGGUAUCUGGGCCAACCUGUAAUAAGCACCAUGAAUUCAGACUUUCUCAAGGACGAUUUUGAAGGAAGUAACUUUACUUUUAGUUCAUCCUCUCAGAUAAGUAGAAUAAUAGAGAAUGGGAUGAACAGUCAGCUAGAGUCUGAUAGAUUCUUGAUGGUGAGUGGUGGAAAACCAUCUAGGAAAUGUGGUAUCCUGUCUGGAGGAAACAACCUCUUCUUUAAUGAAGAAGGCUUGCGUAUGCUGAUGACUCGAGAUCUGGAUUUGUCACAGGCGAGAUUUGUGCAGUUCUUCAUGAGACUGGGAUGCGGUAAGGGGGUUCCAGACCCCAGAAGCCAACCUGUGCUUUUGCAGUAUUCACUCAAUGGGGGCCUCACAUGGAGCCUGCUGCAGGAAUUCCUCUUCAGCAAUUCAAGCAAUGUAGGCCGAUAUAUUGCUCUGGAAAUUCCCUUGAAGGCCCGUUCCAGCUCCACUCGUCUCCGCUGGUGGCAGCCAUCUGAGAAUGGGCAUUUUUACAGCCCAUGGGUAAUUGAUCAGAUUCUUAUUGGUGGAAAUAUUUCUGGUAACACAGUAAUAGAAGAUGAUUUUACCACAUUGGAUAGCAGGAAGUGGCUUCUCCAUCCAGGUGGAACAAAGAUGCCAGUCUGUGGUUCUACUGGGAAUGCACUGGUUUUCAUCGAGAAAGCUAGCACCCGUUAUGUUGUAACCACUGAUAUUGUGGUUAAUGAGGACUCUUUCAUACAAGUAGACUUUGCAGCAUCCUGCUCUGUCACUGACUCCUGUUAUGCUAUUGAGCUGGAAUAUUCAGUGAAUCUCGGAUUGACAUGGCACCCAAUACUGCAAGACUGCCUGCCUAGUAACGUAGAAUGCAACAAGUACCAUCUCCAAAGGAUUCUGGUAUCAGACACAUUCAACAAAUGGACCAGGAUUACUUUGCCUCUGCCUCAUUAUACUAGGUCUCAAGCAACUCGUUUCCGCUGGCACCAGCCCGCUCCAUUUGAUAAGCAGCAAACAUGGGCUAUAGACAAUGUCUACAUUGGGGAUGGCUGUAUAGAUAUGUGCAGUGGCCAUGGGAGGUGCACACAAGGGAACUGUGUCUGUGAUGAACACUGGGGUGGGCUCUACUGUGAUGAGCCAGAGGCAUCCCUUCCAACACAACUUAAAGACAACUUCAAUCGAGCUCCAUCUAAUCAGAACUGGGUAACAGUAAAUGGAGGGAAACUGAGCACAGUCUGUGGAGCUGUGGCAUCUGGAAUGGCUCUUCAUUUCAGCGGGGGAUGCAGCCGUUUAUUAGUGACAGUGGAUUUAAACUUGACUAAUGCAGAAUUCAUCCAGUUUUAUUUCAUGUAUGGAUGUCUGAUAACUCCUAACAAUCGGAACCAAGGAGUUCUCCUGGAAUACUCUGUGAAUGGUGGCAUUACUUGGAACCUCUUAAUGGAAAUUUUCUAUGACCAGUUCAGCAAACCCGGCUUUGUGAACAUUCUCCUCCCUCAUGAGGCCAAAGCUCUCGGAACCCGUUUCCGCUGGUGGCAACCUAAACAUGACGGUUUAGAUCAGAAUGACUGGGCUAUUGACAAUGUGCUGAUAUCUGGCUCUGCUGAUCAGAGGACAGUGAUGUUAGACACUUUUAGCAGUGCUCCACUCCCACAACACGAACGCUCUCCUGCAGAUGCAGGACCCAUUGGGAGGAUCGCUUUUGAUAUGUUUACAGAAGACAAAACGACAGUGAAUGAACAUUGGCUGUUCCAUGAUGAUUGCUCAAUUGAAAGAUUCUGUGAUUCUCCUGAUGGUGUUAUGAUCUGUGGUAGCCAUGAUGGCAGAGAAGUUUAUGCACUCACCCAUGACCUAACUCCUACAGAAAGCUGGAUUAUGCAGUUCAAGAUUUCUGUUGGAUGUAAAACUUCAGAAAAAAUUGCACAGAAUCAAGUCCAUGUGCAAUAUUCCACUGACUUCGGCGUGAGUUGGAGCUAUUUAGUUCCUCAGUGCUUACCUGCAGAUCCAAAAUGCUCUGGGAGUAUUUCACAGCCCUCUGUAUUCUUUCCAACGAAAGGAUGGAAGAGGAUAACUUAUUCACUGCCUGAAAACCUAGUGGGCAAUCCAGUGAGGUUUAGGUUCUAUCAGAAGUACUCAGAUAUUCAAUGGGCCAUUGAUAAUUUCUAUCUGGGACCUGGUUGUUUGGACAACUGUAGAGGCCAUGGAGACUGCCUGAAAAAACAGUGUAUCUGUGAUCCCGGGUACUCUGGUCCAAACUGCUACUUGACCCAAACUUUAAAGACUUUCCUAAAGGAGCGCUUUGACAAUGAAGAAAUCAAACCAAACUUAUGGAUGUCCUUGGAAGGUGGAAACACCUGUACUGAAUGUGGGAUUCUAGCAGAGGAUACAGCUUUGUAUUUUGGAGGUGAUACCGUGAGGCAAGCUGUCACUCAAGACCUGGACUUGAGGGGUGCCAAAUUUCUACAAUACUGGGGAAGAAUUGGAAGUGAAAACAACAUGACAACAUGCCACAGACCAACAUGCAGGAAGGAGGGAGUUCUGUUAGAUUAUUCAAUUGAUGGAGGCAUAUCUUGGAUUUUGCUUCAUGAGAUGGAUUAUCAGAAAUACAUCUCAGUCAGACAUGACUACAUACUUCUCCCGGAACACGCUCUGACCAAUACAACUCGCCUGCGCUGGUGGCAGCCUUUUGUGAUUAGCAAUGGAUUUGUGGUUUCAGGCUCUGACCGUGCUCAGUGGGCACUAGAUGACAUACUAGUUGGAGGUGCUGAGAUCAAUCCCAGUCAACUAGUAGAUACAUUCGAUGAUGAAGGCAUUUCCCAUGAAGAAAACUGGAGUUUUUACCCUAAUGCAGUCAGGACUGCUGGAUUCUGUGGCAACCCUUCAUUUCACCUCUACUGGCCAAAUAAAAAAAAGGACAACACACACAAUAUCCUGUCCUCCAGGGAGCUCAUUAUACAGCCAGGAUACAUGAUGCAAUUUAAAAUUGUGGUUGGCUGUGAGGCAACUUCUUGUGGUGACCUGCACUCUGUAAUGCUGGAAUACACUAAGGAUGCCAGGACAGAUUCAUGGCAACUUGUCCAGACGCAAUGUCUUCCUUCCUCAUCUAAUAGCAUUGGCUGCUCCCCAUUUCAAUUCCAUGAAGCUACCAUCUAUAACUCUGUCAACAGCUCCACAUGGAAAAGAAUAAGUAUCCAGCUGCCUGAUCAUGUCUCCUCCAGUGCAACUCAGUUCAGGUGGAUUCAAAAAGGGGAGGAAACAGAGAAGCAAAGCUGGGCAAUAGAUCAUGUGUAUAUUGGAGAAGCGUGCCCUAAACUCUGCAGUGGUCAUGGAUAUUGCACUACUGGAGCCAUUUGCAUUUGUGAUGAAAGAUAUCAAGGUGAUGACUGCUCUGUUUUCAGCCAUGAGCUUCCCAGUUACAUUAAAGAUAACUUUGAAUCUGAAAGAGUCACUGAAAUAAACUGGGAAACUAUUCAGGGUGGAGUUAUAGGGAAUGGAUGUGGACAGCUGGCACCAUAUGCCCAUGGAGAUUCACUGUACUUUAACGGAUGUCAAAUAAGACAAGCUAUUACUAAACCUCUGGAUCUCACCCGAGCAAGCAAAAUAAUGUUUGUUUUACAAAUUGGAAGCAUUUCACAAACAGAGAGUUGCAAUACCAACCUGAGUGAUCCGAAUACGGUGGACAAGGCAGUUCUACUCCAGUACAGUGUAAAUAAUGGAAUUACAUGGCAAGUAAUAGCACAGCAUCAGCCAAAGGACUUUAUACAAGCCCAAAGAGUGUCCUACAAUGUUCCGCUGGAGGCACGAAUGAAAGGAGUCUUACUGCGCUGGUGGCAGCCCCGUCACAAUGGAACAGGUCGUGAUCAGUGGGCUUUGGACCAUGUAGAAGUCGUCCUAGUAAGCACUCGCAAACAAAAUUACAUGAUGAAUUUUUCACGGCAACAUGGGCUCAGGCAUUUCUACAACAGAAGACGAAGGUCACUUAGACGAUACCCAUGAAGAAACGAGAAAUUUAUAUUUUCCUCCCAACAUGUGAUAUGUUGCUUUUCAUUCUUUAAAUCUUAGCACUGCAUCUGGUAUCAGGACUUUUCUGCAACUGGCUUGGUGAAUAACGAAAAGCCUUUCUCAAGACAGAGUGUACACCACUUUUUCGCACUGUGAACUAAUGAGAAGUGACUUAUUUUCUCAUAGGUAAAUGUUUCAAUGUUGACGUGUCUGUGAAAAUUGUGAUCUGUUGUAAUAUCAGUUACAGUGGCAGUAUGGGAAGCAAGCAACUAAUCUGUUAACAGGAAAAAGGUUUAAGCACAAAGACUUUUUCAGAUUUUAUGUUUAAAAAACUACAUAUUAAGUACAGUAUUUAACAUUCUUUGUCACAUAGCUAUUUAAAUGCACUUGUAUUUCAGCUCUGUAUCAUAUUUUAUAUGAUUAAGUUAUCAUUGUCUUCUUUGUAUUCUCUUCUACAACAUGACACAUUGGCACUGUAUUUACUUGUUAUGUUGUUGUAAUAUUUUGCUGCUGAUUUUUGGGCUAUUUACACUCUGAUAACAUGCAUAAAGCAAAUUUCAAUACCUACUCAAGAAGAUAAUUGCAAAAGUAGUUGUAAAGACAUUGAUCUCCUUCAGUCUUACUCUUUGAUAUGUCUGUUGGUUAGCAUUGUUUUGUGAAUAAGAAGAAUGUUUGACAUUUAAAUUUUUUUACUAAGCAGCUGUGGAUAAAACCCCAAACAGAAGUUCCCAUUUCCUUGUCUAAAGGUAAAACAGUUCUCUGUGAGUGAUUUACUUACAAUAACUGCCAUUUGAUGUCUGUAGUAAUGGAGUGAUUUGUAAAGUGAAUGUUUCAUCGUGUUCUAUUUGGUGUUUGUUUCUAUUGCAGGUCAUGUUUGUAUCUUCUGAUAAAGUUGUACCUACACCAGCAACAUUUCAAUGCCCCUAUAGCCCUAAGCUGUCUAAUAUCAUAAAUAAAAUGUUUCACUAUAUGGUGAACCAAGCUAAAGAUCCAUGCUUCAAUAAA